AUGGCUCGAGCUACCGUGGGCAGGAUGUCGUGGGAAAAGUACGCUCUCCGGCCCGUGCAAGGCGCCCACCCUGUCACUCUCCCCGUGUUUAUCUAUGGGACUGCCUGGAAGAAAGACCAGACGACGGAUCUAGUCCACCAGGCAUUGAAUGCUGGAUUCCGUGCGGUGGACACCGCGGCCCAACCGAAGCAUUAUCGUGAAGAUCUCGUCGGAGAAGGGAUCCGCAGAGCCAUUCGCGACGGGGUCGUCCGACGAGAAGAUCUUCAUGUUCAAACGAAAUUCACUUCCGUGAAUGGACAGAAUCCGGACAACAUGCCAUAUGAUGCCCAGGCAUCAGUGACCGACCAGGUCCAUGCCUCCGUCAGGUCGUCCUUCCACAAUCUCCGCCCCUCAGAGGCACCGGAAAGUGCCCAGGACGCGUAUCUUGACUUGCUCAUUCUCCAUUCCCCGCUACCGACGAUGGCUCAGACUCUGGAAGCCUGGUCGGCCUUGGAGACCUACGUCCCCCAUCGAAUCCGCAAUCUAGGCAUCUCCAAUUGCACUUUGCCGAUUCUCAAAGAGCUGUAUCCACUUGUGAAGGUGAAGCCGGCUGUGGUGCAGAACCGAUUCUAUGGAGACACGCAGUUCGAUGUGCCGUUGCGGUCCUUCUGUCGGGACAAUCAUAUUAUCUACCAGAGUUUCUGGACGCUAACCGCCAACCCAGAGUUGAUUCGGUCAGACGCCGUUCAGUCGCUAGCUCGUCAUGUUGGUAUCAGUCCGGCAGCAUCGCUGUACUGUUUGGUUCUGGGGCUCGGCGGUACGACUCUGUUGAACGGAACGACUAAACGAGCUCAUAUGGAAGCCGAUCUUGUUGCGCCAAAGAAGGUUGAGCAGUUCUCCCAUGAACAUCCAGACAUGUGGGAGCGGAUAAUGGGCAGUUUCCAACAUCUCACGGGGGACCAUGUCGAUCUCUGA